GGGUGCGUGUGGGGGCGCGCGCUCGCCAGUCCCGGGUGCAGCUGGGCAUUAGUGGACAUGGCGGCGGCGGCGACUCCUGGGGGCGGCGAGGUGGCUUUAAAGCCCCGCACGUCCCCCAAGUCGGUCAAGUUCUUGUUCGGGGGCCUGGCUGGGAUGGGGGCCACCGUUUUUGUGCAGCCUCUAGACCUGGUGAAGAACCGAAUGCAGCUGAGUGGGGAAGGGGCCAAGACCCGGGAAUACAAGACCAGCUUCCAUGCCCUCACCAGCAUCUUGAGGAACGAAGGGCUUCGAGGCAUCUACACGGGGCUGUCUGCCGGGCUCCUCCGCCAGGCGACCUACACGACUACUCGCCUUGGCAUUUACACCGUUCUCUUUGAGCGCCUGACUGGGGCAGAUGGGACACCCCCUGGCUUCUUGCUGAAGGCUGUGAUUGGCAUGACAGCAGGCGCCACAGGAGCCUUUGUGGGAACACCUGCUGAAGUUGCCCUGAUUCGUAUGACCGCGGAUGGUCGAUUGCCACUGGAUCAGCGUAGAGGCUACAAAAAUGUUUUUGAUGCACUCUUGAGGAUUGUCCGGGAAGAGGGUGUCCUUACCCUUUGGAGGGGUUGUAUCCCUACCAUGGCUAGAGCCGUCGUUGUCAAUGCUGCCCAGCUUGCUUCUUAUUCACAGUCUAAACAGUUCCUCUUGGAUUCAGGGCACUUCUCUGACAACAUCUUCUGUCAUUUCUGCGCCAGUAUGAUCAGUGGUCUAGUCACCACAGCAGCCUCUAUGCCUGUGGACAUUGUUAAAACCAGGAUCCAGAAUAUGCGAAUGAUUGAUGGGAAGCCCGAGUACAAGAAUGGACUGGACGUGCUGGUAAAGGUCAUUCGAUACGAAGGAUUCUUCAGCCUCUGGAAGGGAUUCACCCCUUACUAUGCCCGGCUUGGCCCCCAUACUGUCCUCACCUUUAUCUUCCUGGAGCAGAUGAACAAAGCCUACAAGAAGCUCUUUCUCAGUGGUUGAGGAGCCCCAAGGGUGCCUGAGGACCAGGAGGACAUGGCUCUCAGGAAUGGGGAUCUGAGGGGUCCCUACCAGCCCACAUCUCCAUGAGUGUCAAUCCUCCUAGCCCUUACCAUAUGUUCACCUUCCAAAGGGGAUGUCUGGAUUCUGCCCCCUUCAGCCUACCAUUCUAUUUAUUUCCCCCAACUCCUUCACUCUUCUUCCCCCUUCCCCACCAAUGUGGUUGCUCCUGAUAUAAAGGACUUUGGCCCCUGCUCCAGCUUGGACUCUACUUCCCUUUUCCUGUGGCCUCUAGGUUCCCCCCAAAGAGCCUGGCACUUGUCUUCAUUAACUCUUGGGACCUCCACCCCAGAAACAUCCUGUGGAGGAGGGAAGAGGGCAAGGAGGUCCCAGCAGAAGCAACAGCUUGGAUAGUUUUAAGUUCCACAGUACAGUUGACUGAGAGUAUUUCUGCUUGCUUCCCAAGCAGGGAAACUAAGUUAGUAGGAGAGAAAAGAGGAAGGAAACAGUGAAGAGUGCCUAUGUAGCCAAGGAGGCCUCAUGGUAAAGAAGAAUACUUCUCUUAGUCCCCAUCCCCAGCAAAGGGCCUAGUAAGAAACAGGGUUGAAAUUCAGUAUCUGCUCAACUUCCACACUGAUUAGGAGCAGGGCCCCUCCACACUGCAUAUGUUCUCCCAUUUCUCGUUACAAGUGACAGUUAUAAGGAAGGAAGAGGUAGGAAAAGAGAGGUAUUUGCCACUAUAACGUGCUUAGGUACUCUAACCUCCCUCAGCCUGAGGAUAGGGGCUGCUUUGAUUGAGUUCCUGGGGAACAGGUUGUCUAUGCCUUUUUUUUUUUAAUCUUAAAAAUGAUGGGAAAAAUAUAUGAUGAUUUUAUGAAAAUAUAUUUAACUAUGGUAA